CGAUCAAGUUCUUCAACUCAUGCACAAUCAAUCCUCCUUUCAUGUCCACCUCUACCACUUUAAGCGUCUCUGGACGCGGUGGCUUUUCAUUCACUGAGUGGUUCAACGCUGACGUGGAUGAUGGAAGCUUGGACCCAGCUACAGAUGCGUUUGAAGAAGCGAUUUGCAUUUACCGUGACCAUCUCACCAAAGAUCAAGACAAGCGCCAAUUCAUAUCUCGUUCACAUGGCUUUGCAGAGCUUCAAGCUACGCUGGCCGAAACGCAGCAAAAGUACGAGUCCCUUCGAGUCAAAUCAAAGACUAGAGAGUACUUGACCAAAUUCUCUAAUCUCCUCUGCCACUACGACAAUGUGAUGAAAUGUCUCAUUCAACACAACCCGGAGUAUGUUUCUUUGGCUUGGGGUGCCAUGAAGUUCUUGUUUGUUGCGUUUGUCAACCACGAAAAUGCAUGUUCUACCCUCGCCAAGGGUCUUUGCCAGAUUGGAUCGAUUCUCCCUCGCGCAGAGCUAUCACUUAUUCUUUAUCCUACCAAACGCAUGAAGCGUGCCGUCGCUGAGCUAUAUGCCAACAUUAUCAAGUUCCUGGUACGAAGCAAAAGAUGGUACGAGGAAGGGAAGCUGAAGCACAUCUGGCACUCGUUGUCCCGCCCAUCUGAACUGCGAUAUGCCGAUCUUUUGGAAAACGUUAAAGAGCGAUCUGAGCUGAUUGAGACCCUGAGCGCUUCUGGCUCACAAGCCGAGCAAAGGGAGAUUCACCGCAAAAUCGAUAAUGAAGGCUCCCAACUUACCGUUAUGCAUGAGGAGGUGAGAGAGCUGAAGGCCAUAAUCUUGAGAUUGGAAAGUAGGGCGAUCAACAGCUUCAUUGAUACCAACUGCCGUCUGAACGAUUUGCAGUUUGCUCAAAUUUGUCAGUCUCUUCGGCAAGCCGCGGAGUAUCACCUCCUUCCGGAACCAGAAACAACAUACAGACGCAACAUAGCUCUUCAGAGAGCAACCGAGAGAGCUGGCCGAGGUGCCUUUUUAUGCACAUUCGAUUGGGCUAGUUCCAAGUUGACGGCGUUCUCAUCCGCCUCGAAGCUCAGAUCUUUAGCGCUCAUUCGCGGUGGCUAUCACUCGAGAGACCAGACUCGAGGUCUGAUCAUAUCGACACUGACACUUCUCCGCUCUUCCAACAUUCCAGUUAUAUGGGCGCUGAAAAUCCCACACUACGAGUCCAAGCAGGUGCCAGUUACUUCGGUGAUGAAAUACCUGAUCUCACAGAUAAUGCAACUUCCCGGGACCGUCCUGACUGAGCUCGAUGCAGCAAAUGCCUGCGCACGCUUCUACAGAGCUGUCACGGCAGAGGACUAUUGGUUGAUAGUGGCAAGCCUACUGGCUUCUGUGGCCAAUUUGUACAUUGUUAUCGACGUUGACAUUGCGGAAGAGUUUCCUUGGGUGGAAGCUGCAUCCAGAAUGUUUGGACAGCUGGAUCAAAGAGGGGCAAAGACGAGACUGAGAGUGAUUUUGGUGACCAACAGGCCUGUGGUAUCUGCGGAGGACCGACGUGAUCAUCUUGUUAUCAAAGCACCUUCAAAUAACGCUGUCACGGGUCCCAGGUCGGGCACACAAAGCCGAAGGGGGGCAGGCAUGAACUGUAUUCGAAGCAGAGCAUCAGGGAGACGAGCAUUACGGUUGACAUAAACGAGCCUGCCAAAUUUCAUUCAACGGCGAAAAACUGUCUUAACCCAC